GGUCCUCCAGAUAAAACCGUAAAGUACAAGGUUUCUCCAUGGCCGGUGAUAACAGAUGCUGAUUCUGUAAAUGUUACGUUUACGUUCACCCCUGGUAAGUCGUUGUGUUACUUUUUAAAAGAGCUCACUUAAUCAACCCGAGUUGGAGAAUAGUUGUCAGACAUUACAGUUUGGCGGUAAAAACGUUUCAAUGUCAGUGGUCAAACCUAACUUCAAAUAUUUUAGUGGAGAGAAGGCAAUAGGAACGGAGUCGUUUUAUUGUAUUGUGGCUGGACAUGAGAGGAUAAAAUUCUCUUUGGCUAGACCAAGUAGUCAAGAUAAUUGAAACUCUCCUUUAUAGCGUGAUCCCAUCGCUUAUUAAUCUUCUCAGUUUUAGGUUUGUCUUAAACACGGACAAUUUCAAAGAGUUUCUCAUCAUAUCUUUUCUAUAUUUCUCCUUACAGCGAGAGACAUUUUCUCUUUGUCUUUCUUUUUCAACGUCACGAAAGAUGGAAAAACCAUCAUCGAGCGGAAUAAGGAGGCGAAUUGCAAUUACGUGCCAUACCACUGCUAUUUCUCAGCAGACGGUGAGUAUUCAUCAGGAAUACUUAAUCAAGAUACAAUUUCCUGCCACAUUAUUAGCGAAAUUCAAAAGGUAUUGCAGGAGUAAUCUGCACCUAUUCUGUAUAAAAUAUUGUCUGAUAUUUUUCGUCACACGAUUCAGGAGAAAAAAUAUUCUUUUAUUCUCCGAGGCACUCAGUUACUCCUUCUGGUUUUCAGCUUUGGUAAACAGCAUAACUUAUUACAGAGAAGUUCUUCAUCUUAUGUAUUUUGCAUUACAGUUGUUAUAAGUACGAAACUUAUCAAAUGUUCAAGUAAAUCUCACAAAGAUAAGCAAAGAUGAAGAAUUAAAACUUGUCCUUUUUAUAAACAUUUUAUGCACUUUUAGUUGGUUACUUUUCUUAAAACGAAGGAAUGCGUUUAUGCGCAACAUAACUGUCUCACCUCUCAUUUCCUCCAAGAAACCUACACCUUGACCAAAACAGGCCUUCACAUAGUCAAUGUUUCCCCCAUCUUUAAGGUAUAGUACUUAAUAGUUUUUUCCAUACAUAUUGGCUCCAGAGAGGAGAAACAUUCUAUUUACUUAAUGUUUUUUAACACAUACUGUACUGGCAUCUCGAUGGCUAACCCAUGAUGCGCUCAUCGUGAAAUUAUUAGAGUCUAAACCAUGCAUCUACCACAUCUUCUCUCGUUCUGCUGCUUGUUUGUUUUUAUAAUUUGAUAUAUCGACAAUCAAUUAACUGCUUCUUUUUGAAAAUAGGGGAAAUUUGAAGCCACACUCAUACUGUUCAAUCAGGAGCAGUUCUCCGUUUUCUGCGUCCAGUCGGUAGUGGUCGUGUCAUGAGCCAAUCACUGCUGACUCAGUGGACCAAGACAUCCGCUAGUUAUUGAACUUGACUUCUUGUCAAUAUAUGUUUUCAACAUCGACAUUUAGUUUUAAUUUCGUGUAGAUUUCGUGUGGAUAUAUUUAGAAGAGGUACAAUCGUAACUCCAAGUUUAAGACGCAUCUGUUGUUGUAUAAACGUAAUUCUAGAAACUUUGUCGUUCAACUGUUCUUUGUUUUUGUUUUCUUUUUCAUUCUUCUGCUGCUUUUUGUCAAAUGCGUCUUAAGGAAUCGAUUUCAACGGUUCUAUAGCAGUGUACUUAUUUUGUUUACUUUUUCUGGAAAAAAAGGAAUUUUCAGUGAGGCCUCUUCUCUUACCAUUUUUUCAACGUACUAGGACUCUCUUAGGUCACUGCAUUUAUGCGUG